AUGGCUUCCGAGCAAAAUCAGGGCUUAAAUUUCAACGCCAUGGACGCUGCGAAACUGCAGUGGUACCACUUGAAGGCCGUGGUGGUCACCGGAAUGGGCUUCUUCACCGACGCCUACGAUCUUUUCUGCAUCUCCCUCGUCACCAAACUCCUCGGCCGCAUUUAUUAUCACGUCGACGGGUCACCGAAACCCGGAAGCCUUCCUCCCAACGUCGCCGCCGCCGUUAAUGGCGUCGCUCUCUGCGGGACUCUGGCGGGGCAGCUCUUCUUCGGUUGGCUCGGCGAUAAGCUCGGCCGUAAACGCGUCUAUGGGGUCACUCUCCUCCUCAUGGUCGCCGCCUCCAUCGGCUCCGGCCUCUCGUUUGGUAAGACCCCCGAGACCGUCAUGACCACUCUCUGUUUCUUCCGCUUCUGGCUCGGCUUCGGCAUCGGCGGAGACUACCCUCUCUCCGCCACCAUCAUGGCCGAGUACUCCAGCAAAAGCUCCCGUGGCGCUUUCAUAGCCGCGGUCUUCGCCAUGCAGGGUUUUGGUAUUCUCGCCGGUGGCGGGGUCGCCAUUCUAGUCUCACAUAUUUUCCAGAGCGUUUUUCCAGCGCCGGCGUACUCUGUUAACCCAACUAUGUCGACCGUUCCGCAAGCCGAUUAUGUUUGGAGGAUUAUUCUGAUGGUUGGCGCUUUUCCGGCUGUGUUGACGUACUACUGGAGGAUGACCUUGCCUGAGACUCCUCGGUACACGGCUUUGGUCGCCAACAACGCCAAUAAAGCUUCUCAAGACAUGUCCAGAGUUCUCAACGUUGAAAUCCGUAUCGAUGAUAAUAAUAAUAAUAAUAUCCCAAACGCAGUUGCGAACAAUAAGAGUGAUAAUAAUCAUAGCUCUUCGUUUGGAAUGUUCUCUAAGGAAUUUCUUCGCCGUCAUGGGCUUCACUUGCUGGGAACAGCGAUGGCGUGGUUCUUCGUGGAUGUCGCAUACUACAGUCAAAAUCUCUUCCAAAAAGACAUAUUCAGCGCCGUCGGAUGGCUUCCAGCGGCGAACACCAUGAGCGCUCUCGACGAGCUCUUCAAGAUCGCUCGCGCACAGUUCUUGAUAGCUCUCUGCGGGACAGUCCCAGGCUACUGGUUCACCGUCGCCCUCAUCGACUACAUCGGCCGCUUUGCCAUUCAGAUGCUUGGCUUCUUCUUCAUGACCGUCUUCAUGUUCGCCCUCGCCAUUCCUUACCACCACUGGACAAUGCCCGGAAACCACGUCGGCUUCGUUGUGAUGUACGGACUCACAUUCUUCUUCGCCAACUUCGGCCCCAAUGCGACCACCUUCAUCGUGCCGGCGGAGAUAUUUCCGGCGAGGUUCAGGUCGACAUGUCACGGGAUAUCAGCGGCUGCAGGGAAGGCGGGAGCAAUAGUGGGGGCAUUGGGGUUUUUGUAUGCAGCGCAGAAUCAGAAUCCGGCGAAGACGGACGCAGGUUAUCCGGCGGGGAUUGGAAUGAAGAAUUCACUGUUAGUGCUUGGAGUGAUUAAUCUGUUUGGAUUGGUUUUCACGUUUCUUGUGCCGGAGUCCAAAGGGAAAUCGCUGGAGGAGAUGUCUGGGGAUCAGAUUCAACAAGAUUUUGAGCAUCCUGUGGUUUUAACGGUUGAAGCUCAGGCGGAACAUGUUGGGGAUUUGGGAGGUGGACUGAGUAAGAAUUUAUUCUUGAAGGAUAAGAAAAGUAGAUUCUACAUUGUUUCUGUGUUGGCGGAUACUAAAGUAGAUCUAAAAGUAUUAUCGGCAAGGCUUGGUUUGGGAAAAGGGGGUCUGAGGAUGGCUCCUGAAGAAGCGCUAGGAGAAAUACUUCAGGUUCCAUUGGGUUGUGUUACACCAUUCGCAUUGGUGAAUGAAUCAGCACGACAUGUAUCUCUAUUGUUGGAUCAGGGCUUUAAAAGUCAGGAGCGCUGUUUUUUCCACCCAUUGUCAAAUGACGUUACAAUCUCUCUUAAGGCCUCUGAUCUUGACAAGUUUCUUAAAUCAAUUGGGAGAGACCCUGCAUACGUGGACUUGGAGGCAAACCCUUCCGUGGGAAAGGAUCAACCUCCUGAUCUUGCUUCCUUUGUCCCCUCUGGUUCAAUAGCUAUUCCAGAUCCUACAGAAAAUUCAACUCCCUCAAAGGGCCCUUCUGAGAAGUCUGUUGCCUCUACAGAUAUCAAGUCCACAAAAAUUACUGCAAAUGCAUCAAAACCUUCAUCUAGGGCACAAAAUGCCAAGGAUAAACCAGUCAAAGACGUCAAUCCCUCUGGCUUAACAGCAAACGUUGAGAGAUUUGUGGAAGAGAUAUUGGAUAAAACAUCCGCACUUUUGCUUUCACAGAUUACGGAAGAGACUAUAAAGCAACACGGAGCACAGCUGGGGACGGUAUUGUCAAAUAGCAUCAAGAGCUGUCUUAGCUCAGAGUUGAAUAGCACCACUAUGACAUUCAAGAACACGGCAUACACCGAAGGAUUUCAUGCUGGUAUUCACCAUCAUCCAAAGCCCAAAUACUGAUGACUGGUUUGGUUUUCUCUUUUCUGCCUCCUAAAUAGAAGUGGGAUAGGGAGUGAAAGGAAAUUUUUUUUAAAAAUGAUGAUCAUUGUUCGUCCCAUUUAAAUAGAUAUAAUGUGAUAGGGUAUGUCGUUUUUAAGACUGAUCCUGUUCUCAAUUAUGCUGAGUGGGUUUAUUUUGGUGUCGUCCGCUUUCUUAACAAUGCUGCACAAUGGCAACGCAACAACAUUUGGAUAGUGGAUUUUGAUAAUUUUACUUGUUACCUUCUCAUAUAUUUAA